AUUUUCCCCUCAACUAUCAAUCACAAGCGAGCAACAAGUACCGAACAAGUCAAUCGAACAAACUAAGGCAUCUACUCUCAAUGUACUGGAAGCGAUUCAAAACCGCGGCCCGUUGCCCCGACUGUGAGAAGAAGGGGAACGCCAAUGACCCGUGCAGCACGCACAUCCACUGGUGUGAGGAGGCGGAUAAGAGAGGAAGUCCAUGUGCGGAGCCUAUACAGACUUCGCAGGGGAGCUCCACCAAGCGCCACAUGAACUGCCCCAAGCACCGUUAGAGUUCUGGGAACUGAACAGGGACCGCUGGGACGGA